AUGCACGCCAGGGAAGACGCAGGGACGAUGCUUGAAUUGACAGUUACCGAAUUCACUGUUUCUGGACGAAGAGUACUGACGGUGGGCCAGGACGUGGCGGUGCACAGUCACGGCGAAGUGGCCGAGGUUCGGCUGCGUCCGCUCGCUGGGUUCGUGGUGGAGCCCUUUGACGUGUGCCCUCACCUGGGCCGCGUGCUUAUCCGCGACACUGUGACGCUGGCCUUUGGCAAGGUGGUCCGCGUGGCGCGCCGGUACAAGAGCACAUUCCUCGAUCUGCUGCGCAAUUUGGAGGCGCUCCGGGCUGCCGUCGAGAAAGAAUCGGCGUGUUUGCUGGGCCGCGACGAGCACAACAACACCCUCCUCCACCUUCUCAUCGGAGGGAGAUAUGAAGGAGUCGGUAUGGUGGUGCAGCAGGUGGAAGGACGCUUUGGGCGAGUGGCUGCGCAGAAGCUGAUGCGCGUGCGCAACAUCAGGGGCGAAACGGCCAUCCAUCUUGCUCUCGGAUGCGGGUGGUUCGAAGUUGCUGCGCUGUUGUUGUCUUUGGGGGCGCCGCUGGUGCCCAGCAAGCAGGAGCAGGCACGCCUGAGCAAGCUGUGGAAGAAGCCCAUACCAUCGCCUAUCGACAUCCUGGACCGACGCUUUCGCAGGGCACACUCUUCCCGCGCGGUGGCGCAGGCCGAAGAGCGCCGAUCCCGAAGCACCACGCACGCCGCGGGCAUCCAAAGAAGUCCCUUGAACCUGGCCCUGCUCUGCCUGGUCGUGCUGACCCGUGACAGAGACGAUUUCACAAAUCUGGAGGAUAUGCUGCCCACUCAGGCGAUGCAGGAGCUGUUCGCCAUUGCACUCUGCUCGCUUUCAUCACGGCAGUGA